GUUGUUGUGGUCAGUCCACCAUCCUGAGUGUAAAUCGAUCGCCCCUUCAUUCUGAAAAUUAACCCCGCUCUGAUAUAUGGCGACUUCAUUUUGCAGAGCUGUACAAAUCAAGAGAAUUGCAAAUUUGGCCUGAUCGGUAGUAGGUAGUAGGUUAACUAAUUAGCCACAGCUGUUGUGUUAACGAGAGAAAACUACGCAAAGUCUUCAUUUUAUGAAUUCCCUUGAAGAGCUACCACCCUCUGGAAAUCCGAAAGAAUUUGUACGGUGACAAGUUUGACGACAUUUCGGGAGUAAUUUCCGUGAAUUCCCCGGUUAAUCAGUUGUCUCCGGUUACUCAAUAAUUGUGUACAAAAUAACCAAGACUUGGGAACAUCCUGUACCUUAAUACAUGUUAUAUGUUAGAUAAGCUUGUAAGCAGGAAUAGCUCGGUAAUUAGCUAAAUUAUCUCUAUUCUUUCCCGCCUGAAUGAGAGGUUCAAGUUUAUACGAGAUAAGGAAUCUUAUGACGAGGUCUUAAAUGCGUCAGCGAUCAUUUUAUGCUUUCAUAACGGUUUAAAACAAGAAUCAAAUAAAAGAUUAGCCAUUGCUAUCGUUUGCGUAAAUGAGAAUUGUGUACCCUUUGUUCGAUGGCAAUAAAGAGCGCAUCUCGUGCCAAAAGCAAGCGCGUUUUGAGUGACAUGUCUCUCGACCACCCGGGGUGUUUGUUUGGUUCGAGCUCUCAAAAGUAAUAUAGGGGCGCUUGUGUCGUACUAAUUUGACAAAUAGCCCCAUUUCGUUAGUUAUCUGUUCAUCAAAUCGACACGUUUCUAAAGAACAGGCGAGGAAGGUGUCAACCGAACGAUUACUGGUUCCCAAAGUCCAUGCUUGAUAACAGCAUUGGCAAAUAUUGUAAUCGUUUUGGCAGAAUUGCCUCACGUCAGUAAGUACGUAAAGCUUUCAUCGCCAGUGCAGGGGUCACAAAUUUUUUAUACAUCGUUUCGGAAAUCAAUAAGAGCAAGGAUGGGGGGUUUACUAAGGGCAAACGGCUAAUUCAAGAUCCACGUGAGAACUAUGCUGUGUUGAUCCUUCAUAACUUUCAGCACAAAGUAGGAAGCGAGGCCAUUGACUGCCGGAAUCUUGCGCCAGAUAAGUUUGUACAGAAUUUGCGAUUGGCAAAUAAAUCUCGCUGUGGAAUCCACUCAUGGUAAAACCAUUUUAGAACGCCGUGAGCUGAGAUGCAGGCUGAGAACGGACACAUUGCUUCCUAACACCGCCAGACCAUAAAAGACUUAUGAUUGAUUAGGUGACGGGAAGGGAAUCGUGUAGCAAAUUGGCUGUGCGCGUUUGGGAGCGCGUCGCAAUCCUGACAGGAUUUUAAACAGACGACACGAGCACCUAAAGUAGAGAUUAUACAACGCAGUCUGAGCCAAAUCUCCUCUGAUUGAGAGUGUUUAUCGUAUUAUCAUCAACAACUUAGUACUAGACGUCGGCCAAGAAUUCCUACGACGGGUAUUUCCGUUUCUUGAAAGUUUAGUGGAAGUCAAGAACUGCUUUUUUUUCUCUCGUGCCAAAGCCCUGAAUAAGUUAACAAUGGAGCCGCAGUGUUUUAUAUCUGUGUUUAAUUUUAUUGUGUUAUUUAUAUUGGUUCCGAACCUUUAUCGCCAAAGUUUCUCGACAGUGACAGCUUCGUCCGCUCGCACUGACUGUUAUGAUGAUUACGGACGGCCACAGAGAUGUUUGCCAGAAUUUCACAAUUUGGCGUAUGGGAAACGGAUCUACGCAAGCCACUCAUGCGGUAAACCUCCGCGAAAAUUCUGCAAGUGGCAGCUCAGAGGACACACUUGUCAUGUAUGCGACUCGAGGGUUCCAAGCAAAACUUAUCCCGUCAAAUACCUGACUGAUCUACACAACCAAAACAACGUGACAUGCUGGCAAGCGGAUCCCAAGCAAUCCCGAGAGAACGUUACUCUAAUCCUCUCGCUUGGAAAAACCUAUGAUAUUACGUACAUCAGCUUGCAGUUUUGCGGGCCGAGGCCCGAGUCUAUGGCCAUAUACAAAUCCCUGGACUUUGGCAAGAGUUGGAGGCCGUAUCAGUUCUAUUCAGGCUCAUGCAGCAGGGUCUACGGAAGACCAAAGAAAGCAUUCGCUAGCAGAGAAAAUGAACAGGAAGCGCUUUGCACCGAUGCGCAUCUCAUAAAGCCUCUUCAAGGAGGCAGAAUUGCGUUCAGCACCCUAGAGGGUAGACCCUCGGCGAGUGAUUUCGAAUCCAGCUUUGUUCUUCAAGAGUGGGUCAGUGCGACUGACAUCAAAAUCGUCUUCAACCGCAUCAGCGCGGUCAGCAAGAAGCAAGAGUAUAAAUACUACGCCGUGUCGGACUUGGCUGUCGGUGGACGUUGCCGUUGCAAUGGACAUGCAGGCAGGUGCCCGAUCAGCCGUGACGGGAACCCAGUAUGUGAGUGUAAGCACCACACUGCUGGUAACAACUGUGAGCAAUGCAAGGCAUUUUUUAAUGAUCGACCGUGGAGGCCUGCUACCGAGACCUCGGCAAAUGAAUGCGUAGGUAAGAAAGGCUGUUAAAUCAUUUUUUUCAGGGUAGUUUUACGAUAUAAUGUCGAGUCUUUUUGCACCAAUAAAUCUCAGCGUGUGUCGUGUAGCGAUUGAGAUUGUUUACGUGAUGGCGUAUUGUUCCAUUGAGAGUGUUUGCGUUUGCUAAUUUGCCCUCUUAUGCGUAGACUUGUAAUAACUGUCAUCGGCGCACAUUUAGUCGCAUUUAGGGCUAAUUAGCGUUUGCAAAGCAACGCUUACCUGGGCUUGAAAAAGAAAGUGUUAUAAAAUGUGUCUUGCGGUUUGAGGUUUGGAAUUUAUUUUUCCAAAUACGGUACGUAAAGACUACUGAUUUAGAGUUUUAGCACUCGGCCACCGAAAAACGUGCGGCAUCCUUAAGAGAUACAAAGGAUCAAGUAAGGUCCCAGAAUGUCUGAUGUCGAGUUAGUGGACAAUAAAUGAGGUGUUACCUCCUAAAGACUGCUUUUUUCCUGUCUAUUAACAGCCGGGCUUUGACGUAUUACGAUUGUCUUACCAAACUGGUACGUGUAAUAACGCACAAAACAGCCGUUGACCCAGCUUCGGUGUAUUAAGUAUACCCUUCUCCUUGCGGAGCUAACCAAAACGACCAGCUCCUUCAGCCUUCUAUCCACAGUAAGUCAAGUGUACGUAUCACGGCAAUAAAGGAAGUUAUCUGACAAUAGAUAUUUUGAUAGAUGAUCAUUCUUCGAUUGAGUUCAGGUUUUACUUAAUAACAAAACAGUAUAGAGAUCAGUUCAGAAAAUUUGCCUGUUAAACGCCCCAGGGUUGAAAGAGUAACUGCGUUCUUUUAUUGCACUGCUCAAUUAAAGAUCUUCGCAAGAUGUAAUUUAAAAACAAAAUGGUUUUUUUAAGAUUAUACGUUCUUGACUAUCGGGUUUGCCUUUUGCACUGUUUAGAGACUUGUAUUCCGUGUUGAAAAUGCUGGUAAAAUCUUAGGACUGUCCAUUUUAAGUGGGAUUAUGAAACGCGGAUUUGUAAAAAAUGCGAAGAAUUUAUCAAGUUUCCGCGAACUCAAAAUUGAUAUCACAAAAAGAUAAUUUAUAAAGGCCUGUGUUUUGAUGCGUCUUGAUGGCGACAAGAAAAUCACUCUUCACAACGCCGAGAACAAAGGAUGAAUAAAGAAGAAAAUAUUUGUAUAAGCAUAGCUUAAGAGCUUGACUCCAUUGAGACGACGAAAUAGUUUCUAUAAUUGAGACUAAUUAAGGAAAAUUCUAUGAUCGUCCGACAGAGCGAACUAUUUUUACAGAAGGUCUUGUUAUUCAUUACCCAUGCAAAGCUGACAAUAUAGACACGAUUUUUUAUUACACUUGACUAUUCUGAUAACGACAGCUCAUUUAUCUUUGGACGAGUAGAAGCUUCUAGAGAUGGGUACAUAUUUAUAUUUAUUUCUAUUCCAGAAUGAUUUAUUUACAUGUUUUAAAGAAAUUUCACUUUAAAAUUAGAAAGAAACGAUGGUACUUGCAUUAAACCUUGAGAACUUCAGUCAGCAUACGACCCUGUACGUUUCGCAGCCGGAAUGAUACAUAUAUGUAUAUUAUACCUGAUACAAAUUCUGUUGAUUGUUAAAAAAUGAAAUAAACGGUUAUUUAAAGCACGAUUUGCGUGCCUUAAACUUUAACCUUUAAUUAAGGCAUACAGUUCCAAGGACAGACUAGUUCUUGUCUUAUUAAAGCUUGAGUUUUGACUGAACAAAUGAAAAUGUAUUUCUAUUGUAGUACAAAACAAUUUGUUGAACAUUUGGCGCUUUCGGAAAGCGAACAGAAAUAAAACAGUCAAUAGUCUCUGAACCUUAUGUGCAUUCAUUUUCACUAGAAUGUUAACUCCAUGGUUGGAA